CCGUCGCGGUGACGUCAAAUCCCGGAAACGGCGCAGCUCGGCUGGUCCGGGGCCACUCUGCUCGCCCGGAGCCCCGGGAUCGCCCCGAGCCGCUGCUCGCCCGGGAUCCCUCAGCUCGCCCCGGGUCCCGCCGCCCGCCCCGCUGUCGCCGCCUUCCCGGGAUGGCGGAGGGCGGCCCGCGGCGGCUGCGGCCGUGGCUGCUGGCGCAGCUGCAGAGCGGGCGGUUCCCGGGCCUGCAGUGGGACGACGCGGCCCGGACGGCGCUCAGGAUCCCCUGGGCCCACGGCGGGCGGAGCGGGGCCCGCGAAGGGGCGGGGGCGGCGCUCUGCAGGGCAUGGGCGGAGUACAAGGGGCGGCUCCGGCCCGGGGACCCCCCCGACCCCGCGGGGUGGAAGACGCGGCUGCGCUGCGCCCUGGCCCGGAGCCCCGAGUUUCGCGCGCUGCCGGGGCGGGGCCGCUCGGAUGGGCCGUGCCCCUACCGCGUGUACCGGGUGCUGCCAGCCCGCGAGCCCAAGCCCCCCAAGGGCCGGCAGAGCCAGAAGGAGGCGGGGCUGAGCCCCACGGAGCCCCUCCCACCGACCCCACCCCCCGAGAGCCAAGAGGGGGCCUCGGAUGAGGAAAAGCCUGCAGUGGCUCCGCCCCCGGAAGUGCUGCCUCUGCGCAUCGAGGUGGAGAGCGCAGAACCCCUCCCCCCUGCAGCCGGGGACGCGGCGUUGCUGCUGCGCCUGCGCAGAGGCCCCGCCCUGGCCUGGCAGGGGGCGCUGCCCCCCGGCGAGUACCUGCUCAGUCCUCCGGGCCGCCAGGGGGCGGCGCCGCCGCCGCUGCCGCGCCUGGUGCUUCCGGUGGGGGCGGGACCUGGGCUACUGCUCAGCAGCGCCCCCCGCGGGCUCUUCCUGCGCAUGCGCCCCGGUGAUGGCCCCGCCCUCGGCGUCGUGAGGGGCCCACACGCGCCGCACGGGCCGCUCCAGCAGGGGGCGCUGCUGCAGCCGUUCGACGCCAAACGCUUCCGUGAGGAGCUGGAGCUGCACCGGGCCGGGCUCGGGCCCCUCCCCCCGCACCGCGUGACGCUGGAGCUCCGCCCCCCCGAGGGAGGGGAGGGGCUGCUGCUGGAGCUGGAACAGGCCUUUGCCCAGCAGCUCCUGGACUCCCUGGGGACCCCCCCGGGCCCCCCCGCGAGCCCCCCGGGCCAAUAAAGGCUGAACUUGGGGGUCA